UGGCGCUCUUUCUGGCACACCAUGACGUCCAACGACCGACACGCCUCGCCCGACAUGCCCUACCGUACCGGCGCUCACACUCCUCUCGCUCAAAGUCGACACGCUCCAUUGACUUCGGUCGCUACCGCCGCCGAAUCUCGCACCGACCUCGACAACCCUUACGCCCAAGACAAUGAUUUCAUGCCUGCCGAUGGUCGCAUGUCGCCCAAUGGCCCGUACUCGCCCGGCCUCCGCUCUACAAUGCAGCGUCAGUCCAGCUCAGGGAACCUCGAAGGCGUCGGCCAAGGUGAGAUCCAGAUGCAGAGUUUCUCCGAAGGUCUCCCCCCUCCGCCGCCCGUUGGCCACUCGUGGAGACGCAUCGACUCCUGGGCCGAGAACAACCACGAAGAGCUCUUUGAAAACUUGUGUGAAGGUUGCACUCAGAACGAUGUUAACGAACUCGAACACGAGCUUGACUGCACACUGCCCAUGGAGAUGCGCGAGUCGCUCAUGAUUCACGACGGCCAAGAGCGCGGCGGUAGACCCACCGGUAUCCUCUUUGGCUGCAUGUUGCUCGACUGCGAGGAGAUUGUCCAAGAGUGGAAACAAUGGGCUCGCGUUGGUGACGACUACCUCCGUGCCUCGUCUGCUCCUUACGCUGCACCGCAAGUGCCCAACAAGGCUUUCGCUGGCUCUUCUACCCAGCCCUCGGCCGCUCCACAAUCUGCUUCGGGCGCUGGCUGGCGCUCCGAGCUCAUGGCAAAACAAGACUCACAUCCACCAAACGCCGUCCAAAAAGCUUACGUCCACCCCGGCUGGAUUCCCGUCGCAAGAGAUUGGGGCGGUAACAACAUCUGCAUUGAUCUCGCUCCUGGUCCCGCAGGAAAGUGGGGUCAAGUCAUCUUGGCUGGUCGUGAUUACGACUGCAAAUACGUUGUCGCUCGUUCGUGGUCUGCCUUCUUGGCCGCCGUCGCCGAUGACUUCAGCACUCCCAAGGCCGUUGUCGACGAAGACAGCGGCGAGCUCACCCUCCGCGAAUUCAAGAACCAAAACGUCGACCCCUCGUACAUGGACAUCCUGCGCUGGCGCACAGACCAAAAGUACGGCCGUCGUGCUCCCAAAGGCGCCCGCCCUCAGCAGCCUCUCCGUAUCAACAGCAAUGUGAAGAACGAAUUCAGCAGUCUCAAUGGCUUCUCUCCGUACGCCUCUCCUACCGGCAGCGACCGUGGCCGCAGUCCUCAGCGCUUCUCCAGCAACGGCAAGGCUCCCGCAAACCAAAGCCCGCGAGGCCAUGUCAGCAGUCCUCUUGCCCGCGUUGCCGAAGAAGCUGCUCCCACUCCUCUGAGAACCGACAAUCUCGAC